UCUCGCCUCCCGCACCAACUCUCUCUCUCUCUCUCUCUCUCCCCGAUUCCUCCUCCGCCUCGCCGUCGAGAUCUCGCGCCCGUCCCCUCCCGCGGCCAUGGCGACGCGGAACCGGACGCCGCUGUACCGCAAGUACCGCGACGCGCUGCGCCACGUCCGCGCGCCGGCCGGGGCCCCGUCGUCGUCGUCGUCUGGAGGAGGAGGAGGGGGGCCGGUGAUCGAAAUGGCCUCGCUGCUGCGCUCCGACCGCCCCUACGCGCCCCUCAGCACCGACGACCCCUCCGCCGCCUCCAGUAGAGGCGCUGUGACAGUCGGGCUGCCACCUGCAUGGGUGGAUGUUUCCGAAGAGAUAUCUGCGAACAUGCAGCGGGCAAGAAUGAAGAUGGCGGAGCUGGCUAAGGCACAUGCCAAAGCCUUGAUGCCAUCUUUUGGUGAUGGUAGAGAUGACCAGCGAGCAAUCGAGAUUCUUACACAUGAGAUAACAGACUUGCUGAAGAGAUCAGAGAAGAGACUGCAAAAGCUGUCCAUGAAAGAUUCCUCGGAGGAUUCAAAUGUCCGAAGGAAUGUCCAGCGUUCACUUGCUACAGACCUGCAAAGCCUUUCGAUGGAAUUCCGUAAAAAACAGUCAACUUAUUUAAAGCAGCUACAUCAACAGAAAGAGGGGCAAGAUGGAGUUGAUUUGGAAAUGAACAUGAAUGGUUCAAAGUCGACAUUUGAACUUGGAGAUGAUGAAUUUGAAGAUGUGGGUUUCACGGAAGUUCAGAUGUCAAAACUUAAGAAAAGUGAAGCAUUCACCAGAGAAAGAGAGAGAGAGAUUGAGCAGGUUGUUGAAUCGGUCAAUGAGCUUGCACAGAUUAUGAAGGACCUUUCAGUUCUUGUGAUAGAUCAGGGAACUAUCAUAGACCGGAUAGACUACAAUAUACAGAAUGUUGCAGCAUCAGUUGAAGAGGGUUACAAACAAUUACAAAAGGCUGAGAGGACACAGAAGAAAGGGGGCAUGGUGAUGUGUGCCACUGUCCUCGUCAUUCUUAUCUUCAUCAUGAUAAUCCUCCUGAUUUUGAAGAAGAUCCUUUUCUGACAUAAGACACCUAUUUUUUACGGUUGAUGGACGUCUUCCAAGUGAACAACACUCACUGAGUAAUUUUGCAGCGCCUGCGUACUGGAACAGCUGCAGUUCAGUUGCAUGGUUACAGUUUACUGAUCUCAAAGCUCAAAAGAUGGUUCAACCCGUAUCCAUAAUUGCUGGGCCUGCAACUCUCUUCAGCCUUCCACAUAUUUUUGCAGCACUGCAAGUGUAGAGAUAUCAUAUUCAUAGGAGGCUCUUUUUUCCCCCAAGAGUUGUGUUGAUACAAUUUGCCCUGCUUGUUUGUCUUUGGGGCAACCAGGUUUGGUUUUGUAUGCUCUGUACAAAGCUGUAAUAUCAUCCAAUUCUUAAAGAAAAAAGUAGCUCCACUUUCGGCCUCGCCACAAUUUCCUGCACACUGCCUAUUUACUGUCUAUAAUGUACCUGGCUAAACUUGUUUCC